AUGAUUGGUGUUACAGGCAAGCACGUUCACGCUGAUCCAAAACACGAGUUCUUUGUGGACAUGACCUGUGAAGGCUGCUCCAACGCGGUCACCCGUGUCCUGCACCGGCUGGGAGGUGUCCAGUUCGAUAUUGACCUGCCCAACAAGAAGGUGUGCAUCGACUCGGAGCACAACAUUGACACCCUCUUGGAAACCCUAAAGAAGACUGGAAAGAAUGCUUCCUACCUUGGGGAGAAGUCUGCGCAGUAGCCUUGCCUGGUGUGAGGAGGCUAGGCACUCAAACAUGACUUCAGCAAAAAGAUGGCUUAACUGUUUGCAUAUCUCCCAACUUGCUCUGUCAUUUGACCUUUACUACCCUGCCAGAUGUCGGAAAGCAGAGGGCUGGCAGGAGGAGACAGCUGCGUCUUGGGCUUUAGGAGUGGAGAAAUCUAGAGGAGGUGGUUAUAUGCUGUUUCUAGUCCCACAGUAAAUCAAGGUGCUGCUUCUAUC